AGAAAAAUGGAAGCCAGUUCUGAAAAGCCCAGAGAAUUCAGACCAGCAGUCCUACUGUUGAUCCUAGAACUGCUCCUUAGAGAUUCACAGGGAUCCAGCACCCAAGGAACCCACACUCUGCGCUAUGAUGUCACAGCCCGUUCUCUGGAGGGGUUGGAGAAGACCCGGCUCCUGGUCCUAAUAUACGUAGAUGAUGAGCUCUUCCUGAAAUACGAUGGAGACAGCAGGAAAGCAAAGCCCUGGAGAUGCUGGAUGAAGGGCCAUGGGGGAAAUGAGACCUGUGCAAGAGAGAGUGAGAAUCUGUGGAAGAAGGAGGAGAGACUCAGGGGGAUGAUGGCUGAGAUUAUAAACCAGAAGAGCCAGGAGAAAGGCCUUCACACUCUGCAGGCAACCUUGGGCUGUGAGCUUCCGAGAAAUGGGAGCACUAGAGGCUUCUGGCACCUGGGCUAUGACGGGCAGAACCUCCUCACCUUCGACAUGAAGACUCUCACAUGGACAGUGAAUGUGCCCUCCAACAAGCAGAACAAGACGUUCUGGGUGACACAUGCACCCAGAGCUGAUCUAGUUAAGACACUCUUGGAUGACAUAUGUCCUGCUCAACUCCGGAGAUACCUGGCUUCCUUGGGAAACGCUCUGCAGGAUACAGGCUCCCCAAUGGUGAAAGUGACCUGCAGGAACUAUCCAGUGGGCAGGAUCACACUGACAUGCCGAGCUUUUAAUCUGUAUUCUCGUGUGGCCACCCUGGUCUGGCUUCAGGACGGGAAGCCAGUACAACAGGAUCUCUUUGGGCCUGGGACCGUCCUGCCCAGUGGGGAUGGGACCUACCAGACCUGGGUGUCCAUUCGGGUUCUUCCUGGACAGGAACCACAGUUCACCUGCAACCUGAGGCAUGGCGACCACAGCAUUAUGCAGACUGUUGUCUCAGGGCAUGCUGCUGAGGAAGGUCGAGAUCCUGCUAGCUCUGCUACAACCUCAGCUGUAUCUGUACUCCCUGUUGUUGUAAUGGCACUGACCAGAGCCAUUUGA